CUCUUAGGUUGUUCAUCUAACCUGUGCAUAUCUGUAACUCCUGUACUGCAUUUCAUGCCAAUAUCCCUCCAAGAUACAACAUAGGUGGGCGGGAUGAUUCUGUUUUGUAAAGCUUCUUCAAUCCCACACGUUCACACUUCUCCCUUUUAUAAUGCUCUUUCAGUCUGGAAGUGGCUUUGCAAUGGGUCACACAACAUCAAAAAGGAACAACGUCCACAACUUAUGCAAGUAGCAAGGGCCCUUUUAUAUGCUGACUCAGCUGAGGUAUUAGAAAAAACAUGGGACACCUUUUGUCAGAGCUCUGAAGCUCAACAGUACCCCCAGUAUAGCAGAGAGCAUCAAAUGAAAGAUAUUCGACUUGUUACAUCACCUGAUCAUCCGUGGAUUCAUGCAGAAGGCUAUUUGGCAAACCUCAUGGAAAGAAAGCAGGAUUGGAGUCUGCUGUUUCGAGCUGGAAACAUCAUGCGUGGCCAUCAUACAAACAACUAUGCAGAGUCCAACAUGUGUCUCAUCAAGGAUGUUAUCUUGAACAGGUGCAAAGCAUACAAUACAUGCCAGCUCAUCAUGUUCAUGAAUGAGAUCUACGAUGACUACAUGAAGCAACGCCUUCUUGAUGUGGCCUUAUGCCGAAGAAAAAUUAAAAAAUCAAUGAUCGCCACCAUCCCCCCAGAACAUGUUACCAGGAUUGAUGAAUUUCGAUUCAUUGUAGUGAGUGACACUAAAAAGGAUGUACAUUAUAAUGUAGAUCUUGCCAUUGGCAUGUGUGAUUGUGUGAGUGGCAAUACUGGCAGUGUCUGCAAGCACCAAGUUGCUUGUGGUGAGACUGCUGUUAUGAAUCUACCUCAAGUGUUGGAUAAUACACCAGAAAUUCGACACUGGUUAGCAGGAGUGGCUAAGGGAACAGAAGAAUUGCCACAGUUGCAUUUUUUUUCAGAUGGAAUUAAAAUAUUCCAAGAAGUACAUGAUUGA